AUGCACUCCCCGCACCAUGUCAUCCCAUACACGCCCCUCAUCCGCCCGCGCCCGUUACCCAUCCCCGCGCCGCAAUGGCCGGAACCAGCACACCUGGCCCCACAAGUGGACUGGGCCCGUCCGCAUCCUCUCGACCCCGGCCCUCUCCAGACCCCAGCCAAGACCACAACGACUGUGAUCGUCUGCGCUGACACCAAGCCCGACCGCCUACGCCGGCUCCAGCCGCUAUUUCUGAUCGUAACGCUCCUCCUCGCCGUCAUCGAGGGCUGUAUCACUGCCUUCCUCGUGUCGCGCAAUAACAGCGAUGACUGGUGGGUGGGCAGCUCGCUCCACGGCCGGACAAGGUUCCUCCUCUUCACCUCGUGGUGGACCGUCGUGUUAAACAGCAUCUACCUGGCCUUCUUCUUCGUCUCAGGCCCAUGGUUCUCGAGCGUCCUCUCCCACAUCAUAUACGUUGGCUUCACAUGGCUCUUGUGGCUGAGUGGCGCCGCGUCGUUCACCCGGUCGAUCGGUGGCGGCAGGCAUUGUGCAGGUGCCUCGUCAAUGCCGCACUGCAGUCUGAACAUCGCUGCUGAGGCGUUGGCAUGGGUCGAGUUUAUCAUCUUCAGUAUCUUCCUUACCAUGAUGGGCUUCGUGGCCGGCACGAUGGCCCGCCGCGGUGACCGACUCUCGGCGUCAGAGGGAAUGGUCUAA